CAGUCCUUGAGCACAACUGUUGCGGCAGCAGCGGCGGCGGCGGCGGCAGUGGUGCUGACAUUGGGACAGCGGUGGCAGCACAGCGGUGGCAGCAAGAGCUGCGGGACUGGCAGAGGGCAAGGCACCAUGGCCCUUGCUCUGCGCCUCUUCCUCCUGCUCCUCCUGGCAGUGGCCCUGCCUGCCAGGGCUGCCCAGGCAGCUCCGUGGCCAGCGCGGGGAGCAGAUUGGUAUGCUGGAGAUGUUUUUACAGCACCUUGGCUAGAAGAUAGUUUGGAUGCAGUGGAACCUCCCACAGUUACAAGUGUGUCUGCAGGGAACACUUUUCCACCUCCUGGGCUAGAUGCUGCGUACAAACCCAGCUCCCAUCCUAGGGGUCCGCCAAGAGGAAAGACCCAAGCAAAAGUAGAAAAUAAAUUCAUGGAGCCUUCGGAAGUUCUGGACCAGAUGCUGAGUGAUCUGGAGAGACGCCGUGGAAUGAAAGGAGAGGCUUUGCAGAAGGAAGCAAUUCCCAGAGGAAGCAGUAGUUCUGUGCUUGCCUCUGCUGCCGGAAGGCAGGCUGUGCCAGGCACAGUCACAGGAGACUGGGAUCACAACAUGGAUUAUUUGGAAGCCCUGGCUCAUAACCAUUUUGAGUUCUUGGAGUAUGCUGAAGCCAAAGCUGUUGCAGAAGGUGAUUCAGCUUCCCAGACCAUCUCCAGGACUGAGCCUCUGGGAGAUGGUGAAGAUUCAGCCAGCACCUCAACACAUGUUCCCAAUUCCCAGAAGGGCAUUGGAAGCGGUGUCUGUCAGGGAACACGCUGUUUGCUUGAGUUCAUGGCCAUUGUGGCUGGCGGGGAGCUUGUCUUUAUGUUGUGCUGUGUUGGAGUCUGGUAUUGCUGGAAGAGAAAACGGAGCGCCCUUGAAGAAAAGCUGAAGGCUGGUGGCUGGUCCCGAGACCUCUACAGCCGGAGGAGCCACAGCAGCAGCUCUGAGUCUGACCAAUUUUUAUUUUCACCACCAACCUCUGUGGUACUUUGAGGACCAGGCCUCUAUCCAUGGCCGAAGGUGAAACACCCAGGAAAGGAUUUGGAAAUGCUCAACUGGACCUUGACUGAGAGUUUCCAAAACCAGCUCUUCUGUUCCAAUAAAGAGAGAGAGCUGUC